AUGGCAGACGACAUUUCAGAGGAUAUUUGCGACGACUGGGAGGAUAUGGUCGAAAAUGGCGUGCUGGAGAAGAUGUUGAAAAGGUUAAAGGUGAAAACAAACUCCGCAAACAGUAACGCGAAUCCUCCUUCAAGUGGAGGCGGCGCUGGCGGUGUCGGUGAAGUGACGGUGUUGCCGCGUGUACUGCUCGAAGACAGUGUUCGGACGCAGUACACGCCAGCCGUGAAGAUUCUGAAGCGACCCCCGGACGCGAGCCGGUCUGGUGGGAGCGUGAACGGCACUGGUCCCGAAAAGUCGUCCAUCCGGCAACCCGUCAAGAGCUUACAGCAGCGGGAAGCCGAGUACGCCGAGGCGAGGCUGCGGAUACUGGGCUCAGCUCGCAGCGAAGACGACGGCCAGAAAAACAAGUCAUCCGGUGUAAGUGUCUUAAGCCGCGUGGUGACCGACCGACAGCAAGUCCCCAUUCGGCAAUUUCGUGGCCCCGAUCAGGGAUCCAAUGGCUUUCAGCAGCCACGGAGGUAGCCCCAGCUUUGGGCGCUGCUGCUUUAGAUUCUACACCGCGUGUGACCCUUGCUCCCCACCCUCCUAUCACCGACUCGCCGACAUC